GUACUGGGAUCUGUGUUGGUAAAAUGGCGGAAAGUUGACAUUUCAAUUUCUGUAACAACUAGUGUUAAAUUCAAGAUGUAAUUCAGUUAACGCCUAGAAAACUACGACCUAUUUUAUACUAAUGGUCAAAUAACUUAAAGAUGAUGUUCUGCUGGGGCAAGAACUAUGAUGGACAGUUAGGCCUUCCGGACACCAAUGAUAAAUUUGUAAGUCGGCCGAGAACAAGUCGCAAAAACUAUWUGCCACUAUGGGUGUCUUGUGGAUGGCAACACACUGCUUUUCUGACAAAAGAUGGAAUGAUAAAGACCUGUGGCUGUAAUGAAUAUGGACAGCUCGGCAAAGAAAAAGGAGGAAGCAAUCCCGAGGUUGUGAUGGCUCUGGAAACACACACAAUAAAUCAGGUAGCAUGCGGACAGAAUCAUACAGCAGCUGUCAGUGACCAAGGACUGGUGUUUACAUGGGGRUCUAACUCCAAUGGACAGUUGGGACUUGGCAAGCUUGCUGGACAGAUGAUGGCUAGACCAAAGAUUAUAAAACAGCUUACAAGAAUGACAAUUGUACAAUUAGCAUGUGGUGCUAAUCACUGUAUAGCAAUGUCUAGAGGUGGUCAUCUGUUUUCUUGGGGCUACAAUUCGCAUGGUCAGUUGGGUCUAGGUACUGUAGAUGAUCAAUAUGACCCUUGCUUAGUGUCAUCCUUACAAGGUAUUCCUUUUGCACUCAUCAAUGCUGGAGGGCAGCAUACCUUUGCACUCACAACAUCAGGGGCAUUGUUUGCCUGGGGUAGUAAUGAUUUUGGCCAACUUGGUGUAAAUGACUUCAAAGACCGUAACAUGCCAACACUUCUACGUUCUCUGAGGUCUCAACAUGUUGUAUAUGUAGCUUGUGGUGAGGAUCACACUGCUGUGUUGACUGCGGACGGUGGUGUGUUUACAUUUGGAUGUGGGACUUCAGGACAAUUAGGACAUAAUUCCAAUGCUCAUGAACACACUCCUAAAAGGGUUUUCGAUUUGAUGGGUAGUGUUGUGACUCAAAUAGAUUGUGGCAGAUCUCACACUUUAGCAUUUGUUCCUUCAUCCAACAAAGUGUACUCAUUUGGUAAGGGCGAUAGUGGGCAACUUGGUACUAAUUCCGCAGAAAGUAGUAAUGGCUGUUUGYCAGUCAAAGGACCCUGGAUUCAUGAGAGAAAUGCCAUGGCAACAGAGGAAAUUUAUUACAAAAUCUUAAGAGUUUCUGCUGGUGGGGACCAUUGUUUUGUGACAGCCAUUGAAAAUGGCAGUGACAAUGUUGAUAGUCCCAAUGUCAACAAACCAUCAAUAGAAGCAUUACUGAUUUUGACCAAAMCCUUUGCUGAAGACUUGGUAAAGCAAGCAUCACUUGGAACAGACACAAGGGACAUAUUUGAGAUUUUAGAAACCAUAUUUUCUUCACAAGCUUGUUUAAAUGGCUCUUUUUAUGACAGUGAAUUAACAGAGGGGAUCAGUUCACGGAUUCAUGGAGUGGAUUUGACAGCCUUAACAAAGUCUUUCGUUCUGUUUGAAACCAUUCCAAGUGAUAACCUUAAAAGUCUUAUAUUGUCAUCCAUUGCUGACCACCUCCUUCCUUCAAUGCUUCAACAACAACCCCCAGAUAUUGAGGCCUUACGAGUCUACCUCAUGUUACCUGAACUACAGUUAAUUCUGAGGAGAAAGUGUUUUAAUAAUGUAGUAGUUCCUUUUGCAAAAUGUAUUUUGAGGUUAAAGUCAGAAGCUCUCAGAGUAUUGAGUCGAUGGUGGUCAAYUUUGCCAUCAAGCUAUUUUUCUAAUGUGCUUAAGAUGUUUCAAGGAUCUGUUAGGUUUCUUCUAGGCAUGUCUCCGCAAGCUACUAUAGAUGAAUUUCAGCGUCGACAAUCAGCACUUGCAGCCUGUAUGGAGGUCCUCUCUCAACUAAACAAAGUUAACAUAAGUGUCGAGGAAAUCGUUCCCUUCAAACAAUUUUACCUGCCAGAAAUCCAGGAAAAUGUUGACAUAAGAGCUGAUUAUUUCAACUGGAUACAGAAUGAGAAUACCUUYUCAUUUUGCCGUUUCCCAUUUGUCUUUGAUGCAAGUGCUAAAGCAUCAUUAUUGCAGGCAGAUGCUGUAAUGCAAAUGCAGUUUGCAGUAGAUGAAGUCCACAGGCGUAAUGUCCAGUCUAUGUUAUCAUUUACACCGUCCAAUCCCAUCCAUCCUUGUUUGAUAAUACUAGUGCACAGAGAAAAUAUUGUUCAAGACACACUUAACCAGAUCACCAAACUAAGUCCUGUCGACCUGAAAAAGCCUCUCAAGGUCAUUUUUGUUAAUGAAGAAGCAGUUGAUGCCGGAGGUGUAAGAAAGGAAUUUUUUCUGCUGUUAUUAACAGAAGUGCUAGAUCCUAAAUAUGGCAUGUUUACAUACUAUGAAGAGUCACGUACAAUCUGGUUUAAUGAUCUGACUUUUGAAGAAAGCCCAAUGUUUCUCCUUAUCGGUGUAAUAUGUGGUCUUGCCAUCUAUAAUUCUACCAUCAUUGACCUCAAGUUUCCUCCAGUUUUAUAUAAGAAACUCUUGCACAGACCUGCAACUCUUGAAGAUUUGAAAACGUUUCAGCCUUCAGUAGCAAGGAACUUACAUUACCUUCUAAAUUAUCCUGAUGAUAAUGUAGAAGAAACAUUUGAACUUAACUUCCAGAUUCUUCGUGAGAAGUAUGGUGUCAUUGAAAAAAUUGACCUUAUUCCAAAUGGAGGGAGUGUUAACGUAACUGCUGAAAAUAGGCAGCAAUAUGUAAAUUCUUAUAUGGACUACUAUCUAAACAAGUCCGUUGAAAAGCAGUUCCAGGCUUUCGCAUCUGGUUUUCACCGUGUAUGUGGUGGAAGGGUCCUGGAAUUCUUUCAUCCUCAAGAGCUGAUGGAAAUGGUCAUUGGCUGUCAAGACUAUGACUUUACAGUUCUCGAAAAAGUGGCUGAGUAUAAAGGCGAAUAUCAUAAAAACCAUCAAGUCAUUAGGAACUUCUGGGAAGUAUUUUAUGAAUUCCCCGAGGAUAUGAAAAAGAAAUUUUUAGCUUUCUUAACAGGAAGUGACAGAGUGCCGAUCCUUGGAAUGGAAAGCAUGCAGAUAAUAAUUCAACCCGUGGCUGGUGGAGAACACGGAGAGCAUCUACCCGUUGCCCACACAUGUUUUAAUUUGCUAGAUCUACCUCGAUAUCCCACUAAACAAAUUAUGAAGACUAAACUCAGCCAGGCUGUUCAAUAUUCCACGGGAUUUGGUCUUGCAUAAUAUACCGCAUAAUGUUAUAGUUAUUUUGUUUACUGCACCCUAAUAAAUAAAAUUGUACGUCCAUGUAUCCUCAGAUAUUCUGCAAAGCUGUCAAAUCGCACUAUCAGGCUUACUUUUCAUAUGAUCGUCUCAAUCACCUUAAAAUACGUUUUGGAUUAUUGUUAAUUCCCUUGAUAAAACAAUCUCGUACCCCGAGGCUUCGUUUUCCUGGCUGGCGCCGAAAACGUAAGACUGCCAUAUGUGUCGACGGCGAUGGUCAAGAAAAACGAAGGCUCGGGUACGAGAUUGUUCAUGAAACACAAAGAAUUCAAAUACGCGUUUUCGAGUGAUUUCGAUCCGAACAAUUGUAUGGACACAAAGCCUAAUACACACCUGUGUAGAAGGGUUUGGUGAGAGGAACAACGGCGGUUUCGAAACGUCUGUACAUACAUUGAAUAAAAAAACAUUUGCCCUUG